GGAGGAGGAGCCGGGGCCGCGCCGUGCCCGGCGGCGGAAGGGUUAAACCGGGGAAGUGCCGCAGCUCCGGGGCGGCCCCGGCCCCCCCGUGCCCGUAGCCCGGCCAUGCCCGCCCGGCUCCCGCCGCUGCCAGCUCGCGCUGCGCUUUCUCCGGGGCCGGGCGGCGGCGGGCCCUGAGCGCUCGGCUCCCGGCGGCUCCCGGCGGCUCCCGGCGGCAGGCCCGGGCCCAGCCCGGCGCCCCCUCAGCGAGCUCCUUUCUGCCCCUAGACAAGCCCAGAGCGCUGCCAAAGAUGACCAAGGAAGAAGAUCUACCAGACUGGAACUCAUCCAAGGAGUUUUAUGAAAAAUAUGAGCCGAAGGAGGUUUUGGGCAGGGGGGUGAGCAGCGUGGUCCGGAGGUGCAUCCACAAAACCACGAGGCAGGAAUACGCCGUGAAGAUCAUCGACAUCACGGCGGGGAACAUCUCCCCCAAGGAGGUGCAGGAGCUGCGGGAAGCCACCACCAAGGAGAUCGACAUCCUCCGCAAGGUCUCGGGCCACCCCAACGUCAUCCAGCUGAAGGACAGCUAUGAAUCCAGCACCUUCUUCUUCUUGGUGUUUGACCUGAUGAAGAGAGGGGAGCUCUUUGACUACCUCACUGAGAAAGUCACCUUGAGCGAGAAAGAAACCAGGAAGAUCAUGCGAGCGCUGCUGGAAGUGAUCCAGUACCUGCACUCCAUCAACAUCGUCCACCGGGACCUGAAGCCGGAGAACAUCCUGCUGGAUGAUGACAUGAACAUCAAGCUGACAGAUUUUGGCUUCUCCUGCCAGCUGAAUGAGAAUGAGAAGCUCAAAGAGAUCUGUGGCACUCCUGGCUACCUGGCCCCCGAGAUCCUGCAGUGCUCCAUGGAUGAUGAGCACCAAGGCUAUGGGAAGGAGGUGGAUAUGUGGAGCACGGGGGUGAUCAUGUACACCCUGCUGGCCGGCUCGCCGCCCUUCUGGCACCGCAAGCAGAUGCUGAUGCUGCGCAUGAUCAUGAACGGCGAUUACCACUUCGGCUCCCCGGAGUGGGACGACCGCUCCGACACCGUCAAGGACCUAAUCUCGCGGUUCCUGGUGGUGGACCCGCGGCAGCGGUACACGGCGGGCGAGGCGCUGGCACACCCCUUCUUCCAGCAGUACGACGUGGAGGAGGUCCGGCACUUCAGCCCCUUCCGCAAGUUCAAGGUGAUCUGCCUGACCGUGCUGGCCUCGGUGAGGAUUUACUACCAGUACCGGCAGGCGAAGUCGGUGACGCGGGAGCUGGUGCUCAGGGACCCGUACGCGCUCAAGCCCGUCCGCAAGCUCAUCGACGCCUGCGCCUUCCGCACCUACCGCCACUGGGUGAAGAAGGGGGAGGCCCAGAACAGAGCUGCCCUCUUCGAGAACACCUGCAAGGCCAUCCUGCUCACCCUGGCAACCGAGGAGGGGCUGUUCUGAUCGCUGCCCCAGCCCUUGGUUUGGCUCACAGUAAGGCCAAAAGAGGUGGUUCAAACCCCCCAGAUCAACAUCUGAAAACAUCCCUGGAGGGAGGUUUGCAUCUGGUGGAGCUAACACCCCUCCAUGCCUGCUCUGGGAAAAGCUCAGAGCUUGUGCUACGUACGCUCCAGUCCUCCCCUGGCAGCAAAUUCCCACUCCUCCUCCGACGGGAGCCGCUUCCCUCUCCAGGCACAGAAGGCCUGAGCAUCGUUCCAGCUCACGUGCAGCACUGGGUAAUGCAGCCUGUCCUUGAUGCUGGAGCCAGGGCCGGAGGGCUGGGAGGGAUUGAAGCAGAUUUGAAUUCAUUUUACACAGUUUUUGUUACAAAGGGAGUAAGGGGUGGAAGAGAUGAAAAGAUGGAAAGUGGUUUUUCACGUUUUUGGUCAAUAAGGUUCAGCACACACAACACACGAGCUCCCAGCAUGGAGAGGAGUCACCACACCAGGAUUCUAUCACACCAGGAUUUUACCACACCAGGAUUUUAUCACACCAGGAUUUUACCACACCAGGAUUCUAUCACACCAGGAUUUUACCACACCAGGAUUUUACCACACCAAGGUUUUACCAUACCAGGGUUUUACCAUACCGGGAUUUUUCACACCAGGAUUUUAUCAUACCAGGAUUUUACUCACACCAGGAUUUUGGCACACCAGAAUUUCACUCACACCAGGAUUUUAUCACACCAGGAUUUUACCACAGCAGGAUUUUGGCACACCAGAGUUUUACUCACACCAGGAUUUUAUCACACUAGGGUUUUACCACACUGGGAUUUUUCACACCAGAAUUUUAUCACACUAGGGUUUUAUCACACCAGGUUUUUACCAUACCGUGAUUUUUCACACCAGGAUUUUACUACACCAAAAUUUUACCACACCAGGAUUAUAUCACACCAGAAUUUUUCCACACCGGGAUUUUUCACACCAGAAUUUUUCCACACCAGGAUUUUUCCACACCAGGAUUUUACUCACCUGUCUCCAAAAAGCCUUCUCAAUGGGCAGCCACCACGGGGCUGACUGGGGAAAGAAAUGACAGCAAGAUUAAAGGUGAACUGGUGACACCUGGGCUGGUGACACGGUCCCACAGCAGGGUGUGUUAGUCUGGGAAAUGCUGCAGUUGGAGCUGGGUUAUCACAGACAUUUGGGUGCUGCUUUCCCACAGAGCAGAGGCGUCUGCUUUUAAAAGUGAAAAUAGAUCAAGAGGCUCACGCUGUUCAUUUUUCUAUAUUAAAGUUAGAUUACUGAAGUA